GCAAGCAACUAACUAACUGGAAAGGCAUUCGGAAGAAAUAGAUCAACCGAAAUGGGACCUGAGGAGCCUGAAGACAACAUCACUUAUAUGGAUGCUUCGCUGUAUAAGGCAGCAGCAGAAGGCAACAUUGAAGUAUUCAAUAAUAAGCAGGGGCUUCAACUUGAGUCGCUAAAGACCCCAAACCAUGACAACCUGCUCCAUGUUAUCUUGGCAAGCCAGGGUAAUGCUGUCCGGCGUUUUGACAGUGUUCCCUCAUUAUUCAAUUUAUUCCCCGUACCGUAUGAAUUACUCUAACGGCCUUUGAGCAUUUCCAUUAGUAUGAUAAAAAGAGAAAAGAGAUCAGAUUUUAUCCAAAAAAUUCUCAGCAAGUGUCAGUCACUGCUACUCCAAACGAAUGCUAAAGGUCAAACUCCUUUGCACGUUGCAGCAAGGUAUGGACAUUCUGCUUUUGUAAAACUACUAAUCAAAUCUUGUGCAAAAGCUAGAGAUGGAGAUUUAGAGAAGUUGGGAAUGGAUCAAGUAAAUGCAGUGAGGGAGAUGUUGAGGAUUACGGAUCAGGAAUCCAACACGGCUUUACAUGAAGCAGCAGGGUGUGGCAAUGCUGAAGUGGUGAAAGCACUGUUGGAGUUUGAAGACCCUGAUUUUCCGUAUUCUGCCAACAAAAAACAGGAGACUCCACUUUACAUAGCAGCUAGGAGGAGAGGAUCUGGGCGCUUGUUGACUCUAUUAUUAGAUAAAUUCAAAUCAACUGGUCAUGGCGGCCCCCACGGCAGAACAGCUUUGCAUGCAGCAGCUAUGGCUGGAGAUGCAGAGGCAAUAAGGGUAAUAUUAAAGACGAAGGGGAAUUUGACAAAGGAAAGAGAUGAAGAUGGGUACAACCCUCUUCAUUAUGCUGCACACUUGGGUUCUAGAUUCUCAGUUGUGGAAGAAGUGUUAAAAUGGGAUGUAUCAGCUGCCUAUAUAGGUGAUAAAAAGAGGGGGAUGACACCUCUUCUUUUGGCAGCCAGGCAAGGUCAUUUUGAAACAGUUUCAAAGAUUCUUUCUUUAUGUCCAGAUUGCUGUGAAAAAGUGGACAACAAAGGUUUGAGUUUACUUCAUUAUCUGGCUUUUAGAGGCUUUUCCUCCCUAAUACAGAGUUCAUUUUUCAAGUUUGGUAGUAGUGAGAUUGCAUAUGGAUCAUUCAGAAAUCUAAGAAAGUUGGAAGGUGCCUUUGGAAUGACACCUCAAGAAGUUUUUAAUGCACUUCGAUCUGGGAAACAUCAUCAUAAACAGGUGUGUAUAUAUAUAUGUGGGGCAUUUCCAUGGCUAUGGUUUUGUCAAUAUUUAAGUUUUGAAUUAACAUAUUUAAUAAACCUACAACACAACCGGCUAAUGUGGGUGGCAUGGCAGAAGCAAAUCAAAGAAUUGUUGGAAGAAAUUGGGAAUGAUCAAGUGGCGGAGGAACCAGUUUGUCGCUUUCCCAAACAAAAUGUUUCUACAGAAAGUUUGGAGAAGAAAAGAGAGGCUCAUUUAAUAGUGGCAGCACUUAUAGCCACCGUCACAUUCGCAGCGGCAAUAACUGUUCCAGGUGGUUUGCAGAGUGAAAAAGGGUCACAGCAAGGCACUCCCCUUUUGAUUCAUGAGGCAGCGUUUAAAGCAUUUGUUGUGACAAAUGCAAUGGCCUUUAUUUUCUCUGUUUCUGCCCUCACCAUCCAUUUUGGGGUUCUGGAUAAUCUAUUAUCUCGAUUUAAUUUUUAUCGUCAAAUAGUUUUAUAUGGAACUCUCUAUGUUUCUACGAUCCUUGGCAAUGCAACGGUAGCAAUGUUGAUUGCUUUCAGCACAGGUAGUUAUGUGGUCUUAAAACCUUCCCAGGUACUUGCCGCUGUUUCCUAUCUCAUCUGCCCUUACUGUUUAAUCUGUAUUUGGCAAAUUUUUCGUUUCCCAUCUGCCGUGCCUUUGUAAUCUGUAUUCAAUACUUAUGUAAAAUAUAAAUAUGAUAAUAUUACUUUAUCAUUGUUUACAAUGUUCCCA